AUGAGCAGCGACGCAAAGCCGAAGAAGAGCCUCGUGCUCAACGCCUUCGUCAUGAUGGCGAGCGGGCAUCAAUCGCCGGGUCUGUGGAGGCAUCCGGACGACGAGUCGUGGCGCUUCAAUGAAGUAUCCCACUGGGUUGAACUGGCGAAGCUGCUUGAGAAGGGGAAAUUCCACGGCAUCUUCAUUGCCGACGUCCUUGGGGGGUACGAUGUAUAUAGGGAUUCCUUAGAUCCCGCAAAGAUAUCCGGAGCUCAAUGGCCGACUAACGAGCCGUUCUCUGUGAUUUCCGCCAUGGCGGCGGCGACCGAGAGUAUCGGGUUUGGCGUCACGGCUUCGACUACGUACGAACAACCGUAUCAUUUCGCUAGACGCUUGUCGACGGUUGAUCAUUUAUCCAAGGGGCGGAUAGGUUGGAACAUUGUAACAAGCUACCUUGACUCGGCUGCGAAGAACUUGGGCUUUACAGAGCAGCCAAAACAUGACGAUCGUUACGCGCAGGCAGAGGAAUACCUCAAGGUCAUCUACAAGCUCUUAGAGUCGUCAUGGCGGGACGACGCAGUGAAACUAGAUCGCGAAUCGGGCAUCUACACCCAACCAGAUCUAGUGCGGCCCAUAAACCACCAAGGCAAGUUCUUCACCGUCCCCGGCCCGCACAUCUGCCAGCCGAGCCCGCAGAGAACGCCGCUGCUCCUCCAAGCAGGCACGUCUCGCGCCGGAAAGCAGUUCGCGGCCCAACACGCCGAGGCCAUAUUCGUAUCGGCCCACGCCCCGGAAGUAUGCGCGAAGAGCAUAGCCGAAGUGCGGGAGCUCGCUAAGACCGAACACGGGCGAGACCCGGCCAACAUCAAGGUCUUAGCGCUGGUGACGGCGAUCCUAGGGCGCACCGAAGAAGAGGCCCAGGCAAAGCUAGCCGACUACCGGAAAUACGCCUCGCACGAAGGAGCUCUUGCUCUGUUCGGCGGCUGGACCGGCAUCGACUUCGACAAGUACGGGGACGAAGAAGAACUAAGACACGUCGAGAGCAACGCAGUGCGAUCUACCGUCGAAGGCUUUGCCAGAUUCUCGCCCAAAACCGCAAAGUGGACCAAGCACACGAUAGCAGAGCACGUCGCCAUCGGCGGCAACGGGCCCCUAUUCGUCGGCACGCCCUCGCAGGUAGCAGACGGGCUCGAGACCUGGGUCGACGAAGCCGACGUUGACGGGUUCAAUUUCGCAUAUGCGCUCUUCCCCCAGUCCUUCAAGGAUAUCGUCGAGCUUCUACUCCCGGAGCUUCGGAGCCGGGGCUUGUUUUGGCACGACUACGCGGUCCCUGGAGGGACGUACAGGGAGAACUUCUAUCAGAAGCCGGGGCAGACUGGCCCGCUUGAUGAGCACAUUGCUUCCUCGUACAGGUGGAAGGCGGGUGUUCGGUCAGAGCAGCAUGUCAUUCAAGAUUGA